UCAACAUUCAUGUUGCAAGUCUGAAUUACAAGUGAGCACAAGGAUAAUGGCAAAAAUCUUCUUAACAGGAGCCUCUGGAUACAUUGGCGGAGAGGUGCUGCAUGUAUUGCAGACUGCAUAUCCUGAGCAUGAAUAUGUCGUUAUGCUGAGAGACAAGGAGAAGGCACAGAAGGUGUCGAAUGCGUAUCCUAAGGUUCGCGUGGUGUCUGGGGAUCUGGACUCCGCAGCGCUGCUGGAGGAAGAGGCGCGCAAAGCAGACAUUGUUAUUCACCUCGCGAACGCAAAGCACAUCGAGAGUGUCGAAGCUAUCGCCCGUGGUUUGACGACACCGAACAGAGCAAAGCCCGGCCAUUGGAUCCAGAUUUCAGGCGCAAGUCUCCUUUCCUUUCCCGACAUCGAGCAAAACACAUACGGAGAACCCACAGACAAAGUAUACAACGACUUCGAAGGAGUCGAAGAAGUACGCCAGCUCAUCCAUCGCCUCUCCUCCAAGCGUCUUGUCGACAGCUUCAUCCUCAACCUGGCCAAAUCUCCGACCAGUCCGAAGACGGCCCUCGUGUUUCCUCCGCUGAUUUAUGGCCGCGGCAGGGGCCCAGUCAACCAGCGUAGUGUCCAGGUACCGGAACUGGCAAAGGCUACGUUGCAGCGUCGUGCGGGUCUCCAAGUUGGAAAAGGGAAGAGCAUCUGGAGUAAUGUUCAUAUUACCGAUAUCAGUCAGAUUUUCGCCAAGCUGGUCGAAAAGGCUCUCCAAGGCGAAGAAGGCGAGCUGUGGAAUGAGAAUGGCUUAUAUUUCGCCGAGAACGGGGAGUUGACCUUCAAGGAGAUCUCGCAAUUGGUUACGCAGGAAUCGCAUAAGCUCGGACUCGUCAACUCUACGUCUGUGGCAGAAUUGACACACCAGGAAGCGGACGAGUUAAGCCCUCAUGCUGGUAUCCUCUGGGGAACAAAUGCACGCGAACAGGCUCAGAGAGCUCGCACACUUCUUGACUGGGUGCCAAAGGCGAGUGCACUGAACAAGGAGAUCCCAGAGGCUAUUCGCGUGGAGACAGAGAGACUUGGGCUAAAGUCAAUCUUGUAACCAAAGUUAGUAUAGUUUACCUCAACAUAGCAGAUAACGGAGUGCUAUAUGCUAUAGGGGCUUAUCUUGCAUUUGAAUAGAGCAACAAAAUUACAAUGUAGUGAC